GUGAUGAAGGCUUUUACAAAUAAUUAAGCUAAUUUGGAGGCAGAUGGAUUUCUCAGAGGCAUAUUCAGAGACAUGCUCUUCUGUUGGAUUAGCAGCAAGACUUGGGGAUCUGGUAUCCCUACAGAAUCUAAUUUGGCAAGGAAAACCUUAUGAUGUUCGAGACAACAGAGGAUGGACAGCUAUACAUGAGGCUGCUUAUGCUGGAAAUUCUGGUUGUUUGGAGUUUCUGCUUAGACAAGAGGAUGCUGAUUUGAAUUGGAAGACAUUUGAAGGAGAGACACCCUUACUGCUGGCAGCCAGGGCUGGACAUCUUCAAUGUACAAGAUUGCUGCUGAAAAGUGGAGCAGAGGUUAACAGUCCCAGCAAUGAACUGUAUACUCCCUUGUGGGAAGCUGUAGGUGCUAACAGUGUAAGCUGUGCUAAAUGUUUGCUACGUCACGGAGCUGAUGUCAACAGGCAGGUCUUCACUGGGUACUCUCCCUUACAUCUGGCUGCAGAGAAAGGGUACAGGGCAUUAGUGGAACUCCUUUUGGAUCUGGGGGCGUACUUAGACCUGGAGGCUGACCACAAACUGACACCUAUCUUCUUGGCUGCUCAGUUUGGACACCUGGGGUGUCUAGAGAUUCUUCUGAAAUGUGCCAAAGACAGAGGUCAGUUGGAGGCUGUAAACAAAACCACCACUGACAAUGCCACACCCAUCUUAAUAGCUGCUCAGGAGGGGCAUGAAGAAUGUAUCAAACUUCUACUGACACACAAUGCCAACCCAAAUAUUCCAGUCACAGAUUACAUGGGAGUGGCUGCACACUUUGCAAUAUAUAAAGAACACCCAAGGUGUCUAAAAGUUCUGCUUCCCGUCACUGAUAAAGACUCCUUAUACAAAAAUGUCAGCAAGAACAUGCAUCCUCUGAUUAUGGCCACCCAGGCAUCUACCACUGAGUGCUUGGAGAUUCUGAUAGAUCAUGGAAUGGACAUUUCGACCAAGCUACCCUUGGGAGUAUUUGCCCACACCAAUCCCCUCUUUACCACCUUACAGUACAGCACAAAUGUCUCCAUCCUGUGUCAUGUGGCAAUACACUGGUCACUAGUGGGUGUUCAGUAUCUACUCAAUAAAGGACUACCCUGUAAUGCACAGACACCAGAUGAGUUGCCUCCCUUGUUGAUGAGUCUGGCAUCUGAUAACAGUGACCUAUUUAACUUGCUUCUGAGACAUGGAGCCAACCCAAAUAUUUAUCAUUCCUUGGCAAAUGGAAAUGUGACCGCACUUAUGGCAAUAGAGAGAGAUUUAAAAACUCUGUUAACAGUGACAUCUGACAAUGGUGUGAAACGGGAGAUUUUUGGAAAGUAUCUAUGCAAGUUAAUCUUAUCAAAGGCGGAAUUGGUUUCAUGUAUCAGAGACAUUGACAGGGACCAAGAAGUGUUCAAAUACAACUUGUAUCAGGUGUUGAACAAGUGCACAAUGACUGUGAACUUGUGGCCUGUUCUGACACUGCUGUUCAGCUUUUGUAGCAAUCUAUGUAUCGGUCAGGAGUUCAAAAAACAUGUCUACAAUGAGGAUGUUAUCUCAUAUUUCAACACCAUUGAAAAUUCUACGCAUUCCUUGUCGCAUGCCUGUCGACGGUCCAUUGUGAUCGAUCUGGCUCGGAGGCAGCAGUACACAGAAGACAGUAUAAGGUCCCUCCCGAUCCCCGCUCUCUUGCAAGAUUAUCUCCUCUUUCUGGACUAUGGACCAAAAGGCAGCACGGUUAUAUUGGACUCGAUGCAGCGAUGGACAGUGCAUCUAGAGGGCGGGCCCCGUCGUGUCAAUCAUGCAGCUGUUGCUAUUGGUGACAAGAUUUACAGUUUUGGAGGCUAUUGUACUGGAGAAGACUAUGAAACUACACGGCCUAUGGACAUCCAUGUCCUGGACACGAUAUCCUUGCGAUGGACACUGAUACCCCUUGCUGAGGACCAGGAUAAUGUCCCUUAUCAGCGGUAUGGACACACGUGUGUGGGGUACCAGUACAGUGCCUACAUUUGGGGAGGCAGAAAUGACAAGGAUGGUGCCUGUAACAUUUUGUAUGAAUUUGACAGUGCUACCUUGAAGUGGUCAAAGCCAGUGGUUAAAGGAAACAUUCCUAAUGCUAGAGAUGGUCAUUCAGCUUGUGUUAUAGGGAAUAAAAUGUAUAUAUUUGGUGGAUAUGAAGAAGAGAUUGACCGUUUUUCAAAUGAAAUCCAUUGUUUACAUAUGAACACAUUCUCAUGGGAACCAAUUUGUGUAAAGGGGGUCCCAGCUCGUUGGAGGGACUUUCACACAGCAACAGGAUUAGGAAAUCUGAUGUAUGUGUUUGGGGGUCGUAGUGAUUACGGGGGUGAAAUCUUUACCAAUCAUGAAAUAUACUGCAAUAAAAUUCAGAUAUUUGAUACAUCAACGUCUACAUGGAUGGAACCUGUGACAUCAGGGAUUCAACCCAUUGGGAGGCGGAGUCACUCAGCAUUUGUGUACAAAGGAAAUCUGUAUAUAUUUGGUGGUUAUAAUGGACUCCAUGAUUUGCAUUUCCGAGACAUCUUCAGAUUUGAUCCAGUUCGAAUGCAUUGGUCAAUGAUAAAGGUUAAAGGUCAAGGUCCCUCAGCAAGAAGAAGACAGUGCUGUUGUGUGAUAGGAGACAAAGUUUAUUUAUUUGGAGGAACAAGCCCAGCCGACAUAGAGAGCAGUGAACCCUCAGAAGGUGAUCUCUUUGAUCAUUCAGAUCUUCAUGUUCUGGACUUUUCUCCCUCAUUGUCAACCCUAUGUAAACUGUGCAUUUUAGAAAACAAGUUAGAUGUCACAAGUUUGCCCAAAACUAUCAGGUAA